ACCAAUGUAUUCAAACGGUAAAUGUACUCUAUUUGUGGGUAAACGGUGAACAAUUGCUUUUGGCUCUUCAUUCAUGUGACUUGUCUCUCGGAGAGUGUUGAUUUCCAUUCGCCAUUUGCCCAAAAGCAUUCGUUGCGGUUAAAAUCAAUGGAGCUGCUAAACGAAACCGUCUUCUAUUCCGACUUGGAAACGUCAUCGAAUACUCCCUUUGUUGACAUUGUGCUGCAGGACCAUGCAAUUCUAGAGAUGGGGCGUUUCGACAAGGGCAAACUCAUCGCCAAGGCGGCCAAUCUGACGUCCAUCAGCUGGGCACAUGCCGUCAACAGUCAGCAGCUGCUGGCGGAGGCGCUGAGCGGUGACAUUGACAUGAUUGAGGCGGACAUUGUACUGGGCCAAUUGAAUGGCGAGGGUCACAAUCUGCCGGUUAUGGCACAUCCGCCUGCAAAUGUCUCCGAUUUGACGCUGGAGGAUUUUCUAUAUCAAAUCAAGGCGCACAACGAAGUCAACGAGGGUGCGGAGAAGGGCGUCAAGUUGGACUUCAAGUCCAUUGAGGUAUUCGAAGGCUCGCUGAAUAUACUAGAUGAGACUAUACCAAAGAUGACAUAUCCCGUCUGGAUAAAUGCGGACAUUAUUGCCGGUCCCGUGGACCAGAAUAAAUCAGUGCCUGUGGAUCCGGCGCGUUUCUUUGCCGGCUGUAUGCGCUAUAAGCAGGCGGUUCUCUCCAUUGGCUGGACCACCAAUUGGGGUGCAGAUUUCCGCGUAGGAGAGUAUUCACAAUCGCAAUGCGACGCAAUGCUGCAGGCUAUCAACGACAAUAACGUGACCUCCACCGGACAGGCAAUCACUUUCCCCGUACGUGCAGGAAUUGCGGCCAAUAGUGCACAACAGUUGCAUAAUCUGGUGGCAGCCGUGAAUGGAACUAAUGAGAGCACCUUAACCAUCUGGUCCUCGGCCAACGAUUAUGUGGAUGUGGAACGAUUGCGUAAACUGAUCUUUGGCUUUGAUGAUCGUGUCUAUUUGGAUGUGCCGGAAGAGCUCUCCUCCCAGCUGGAUUUGGGCAACCCGGGAAACGGUGCAGGCACCUUCAAUGCCCUCGUUGGCUUUAGCUUUGUUAGCCUUUGUUUCUGGGCCAUCUCCAGCUGGCUAAAAAGUGUUUAAGCAGUUUGUUUUCUUUUCAAUUUGGUUUUAUUUUUUUAACUUUUAAGGAAUUGAUGUUUUAUAUAUUAUUCCGCGUAUUCUUAUCAGAUACACGUUUGAGUUUUAUCACUUCAUUUCAAUUCAGACGCGAGUUGGCGUCGUUUUGUUUAAAAAAAAAAAAAACAAAAGGAAAACUAAAAAUCGUCUUAUAAAAAUAGUUGUUAUGCUUUAAAUUUAUAUAAUAUAAAUAUAAAAAAUACUUUGGACGUGCGCAGUUUAAAUUUUUAACAAUGGGGAAGCUAUGAUAAUAAUCACUUAUAUACAGAGCUAAAUUUACCUACUAAAAUAGUUAAUGACUUUUGAUUUUCCUUAC